GGAUUCCAGCGUUUAGGUCACCCCAUAUCUGGUCCAAGUGUAUUUGCUUUAAGCCUCCUGUAUUGUUGCCUGUCACCAUUUGGCUCCUCGACAUUUCCUUCAAGCCACAAAUGAAAUUGUUCACUAAAAUUUUUUUUGGCUGCAAAGUUCACACUGUUCAUAUGGCGGGAAACAUAACCUGAAUCGACGUAAUCCAAGUAUCAGCUUCAGUUGGUCAACAAGAAUUUCAGUAGUAGUUUAUAAAUCGCAAAUAUGGGUAUUCUAGGUUUUUCAAAGCUUUUAGCUGAUGUGGCACCACAUGCUAUCAAAGAAAUGGAAUUAAAACACUAUUUUGGUCGAAAAGUGGCGAUCGACGCUUCUAUGUGUCUCUAUCAAUUUCUCAUUGCUGUAAGAAACGAACAAGGCCAAAUGGCAACUGCGGACGGUGAAACUACAUCACAUUUAUUGGGAACUUUCUACCGCACAAUUCGCCUAAUAGAGAACGGAAUCAAGCCCGUAUACGUUUUCGAUGGUAAACCUCCAGAUCUCAAGACUGGAGAAUUGACUAAAAGAGCCGCCAAAAGGGAAGAAGCUCAGAAGGCCUUGGAUAAGGCUACCGAAGCUGGCGAUGCAGCAGAUAUUGAUAAGUUUAGCAGACGGUUAGUAAAAGUUACCAAGGCCCACGCAGAGGAAUGUAAACAAUUGUUGACACUGAUGGGCGUACCUUACAUCGAUGCACCGUGUGAAGCAGAAGCGCAGUGCGCUGCAAUGGUGAAAGCUGGAAAAGUUUUUGCAACGGCCACUGAGGAUAUGGAUGCGCUAACGUUCGGCUCCAAUGUUUUAUUGAGACAUUUAACAUUCAGCGAAGCUAGAAAAAUGCCCAUUCAAGAAAUACAUUUGGAUAAAGUAUUAGACGGUUUUAACUUCGACCAAAAACAGUUUAUAGAUCUCUGCAUAUUAUUGGGUUGCGAUUAUACAGAUAGUAUCAGAGGAAUUGGACCUAAAAAGGCGUUUGAUUUGAUGAAAAAACAUAAAAAUAUCGAUGAUAUAUUAAAGAACCUUGACAAAGAGAAAUAUCCUCCCCCAGAAAACUGGAAUUUAGAUAUUGUUAGGAAAUUAUUCAUAGAGCCUGAGGUUACAGAUCCUGAGACUAUUGAGUUAAAAUGGUCUGAUCCUGAUGAGGAAGGUAUGAUUAAAUUUUUGUGUGGGGAAAAACAGUUCAAUGAGGAAAGAGUGAGAAAUGGCGUAAAGAAACUUAUGAAAUCACGAAGUGGAAGUACACAAGGAAGGUUAGAUGGUUUCUUUAAGGUUUUGUCCACAACUCCGGCGAAAAGGAAGUCCGAAGAUAACAAGAAGAACACUCCUAACAAAAGAGGAAAAACUUCUGGUGGUCGAGGAAGGGGAAGACCGAAAUAAUAUGAAUGUUUAUUGUGAUGUUUAUUUUUUUUAUACUUCUUUAAUACCUAUAUUCUUUAUUAUAAUGAUCUGAUGUAAAAACUUACGUAUAAUAUUAAAAAGUAAUAAAUGUA